AUGGUGCGUCCAUGGAGUUCCGAUUUAAUUGGAGUAAUAAAAGGCGCUCAAUUAGUCGGAAAUGCAUUUUUAAAACACCAAAAAGAUUGUGUUAAAAAUGUUGUCGUUAAUUCAAGUGUAAAAUCUGCCGCCGAGGCAAAUUUAAAAGGAGUUGUUGAAAAAUUUCGAGAUAUUGAUCCAAGUAAGGUUCCACAAAAAUUAUACACAGAGACAAAAGAGCUUCUGGAUAGGCUCUGUGUAGUUGAAAAAGGAAUCCGAGAGUAUACAAAACAAUCAGCUUUGGAACUAACAGGAGUUCCUUUAGAAAAAAGUCCUCUAGAAGUAAGCCCUAAAUUAGAAGUUUUAAAUCCCGCAAAAGACCCUCGAGAAAUAAAGCCAAAAAAUCAAGAUCCACCACCAUCUACUGAACCGACAGUCGUGGAGGUUCCUAUCAAGUACAGCAGCGUCAAAGAAAAAAUAGAGACGAUUGGUACCUUGGAAAAAGCAAUUCCUAAAAUAGAGUUGAGCGAUAAGGACAAACAACUGCUGAGAAAACUCGAAAUUGAACAUGAAAAAAAAAUUGGUGAUAAGACAGAAGGUGGAAUAAUUGAGCCGAAGGCUCAAGUAGUUUUGAGUGAGAAAAUAAUUGAACCAGAUGUUAAGAGACCUGUUGUUAAACCACGAGUUACUUUAUCAACAGAAGCAAGAGAAAGAAAAGUACCAAGCACUAGACUAGGAAGAAUGGCGAGUUUUGCGACUCUAGGAGUUGGAUUAGGUAUUGGAACUCUUGCUGAGUUCAGCCGAAGAACUUUUGGUCUCAAAGAAGAAACUAGUGUUGGAAAAACUUUGGAUAAUGUUUUUUUGACUCAAGCUAAUGCUGAGAGAAUUGUUGCUACGCUUUGUAAAGUUAGAGGAGCUGCAUUAAAAAUUGGACAAAUUUUAAGUAUCCAAGAUAACAAUGUAAUUAGUCCAGAACUUCAAAAAGCUUUUGAAAGGAAAGUAUUAAUAAAUGAACUAGGUCCCGAUUGGAGAUCAAAAGUAUCAACUUUCGACGAAAAGCCAUUUGCAGCAGCAUCAAUAGGUCAAGUUCACCUGGCGACUCUCUCAAAUGGUCAAUCAGUCGCUAUGAAAAUUCAGUACCCUGGAGUCGCAGAAGGAAUUCAAAGUGACAUUGAUAAUCUGGUGGGUGUAUUAAAAGUCUGGAAUAUUUUCCCCGAGGGAAUGUUUAUUGACAAUGUAGUUGAGGUUGCUAAGCGUGAACUAUCCUGGGAGGUUGAUUAUAUCAGAGAAGCUGAGUGCUCCAAGAAAUUUAAAGAAUUAUUGGCACCUUAUCCUGAGUAUUAUGUUCCUACAAUUGUUGAUGAGCUGUGUUCUAAUCAAGUAUUAACCUCGGAAUUAAUUGACGGAGUACCAGUGGAUAAGUGCAUAGAAAUGGACAUGGAAACUCGCGAGCACAUAUGCAAAUUAAUAAUGCAUUUAUGUCUAAAAGAACUCUUUGUAUUUUACUACAUGCAGACGGAUCCUAACUGGGCGAAUUUUUUCUACAACCCAGAGACCAAAAAAAUGAUUCUUCUGGACUUUGGAGCUUGCAGGUCUUAUGAAAAAAAAUUUAUGGAUAAUUAUAUUGAAAUUAUCAACGGAGCGAGUUAUGGAGAUCGAGAUAAGGUGCUUAGAUUGUCCAGAGAAAUGAAAUUCUUGACUGGGUAUGAGUCUAAGGUCAUGGAGAAGGCUCAUGUGGACGCUGUAAUGAUUCUAGGGGAGAUUUUCAGCGAGAAAAAUGACGCUUAUGACUUCGGUGGGCAAAAUGUUACCAAAAAAAUGCAAUCUUUGGUACCAACAAUUAUUACUCACCGACUCUGCCCACCUCCAGAAGAAAUUUACAGCUUGCAUAGAAAACUCUCAGGCGUGUUCUUACUAUGUGCAAAAUUAAAAGUCAAAAUUAAUUGCAGGGACAUGUUCCGCGAUAUUUAUAAAAAUUACCGCUUUGGAUAA